AUGAGCCGCGUCGCGGUGGGGAGCCUGACCUGCCUCCGGCUUGUGACCGUGGAGCAUCGCUCAGUGUGUAAUGAGGCAAAUAAAAUAAUCUUCAUCCUUGCAACCGUAAGACCUACAAAGGUGGAAGAGGAAAGGAGGGAAAAAACCCAACCCACUGCGGGCAAUGCAGAGGAGCAAAUACAGUCGCAGCUGGAGAGCCUCAGGAGAGAGAAAGGAGAACUGGAGAAACAGGAAAGGAAGGAGUGUCGGAUCUGCCAGGACUAUGUGGAAAAAGUGAAGGCGCUGAGGCAGAAGAUUGUGCCUGAGUUUAAGCAGCUGCGACAGUACAUGGAGGAACAAGAGUGCCAGAUGCUGGCUCGGUUGGGAGAGCUGGAGAAGCAGAUUGAAACAAGAUUGAAAGAAAAUGCUGCUAACUUCUCCAAGAAGAUUGUUUAUCUGGAAGGCCUGAUCAAGGAGAAGGAGCGUCAGCUGCCAGGACAUGAGUGCCUGCAGGACACUGGUGAUGAUUUGAGCAGGUGUGAGAGGGCAAAACUCCAGCAAAAGGAGUGGAUGAGCCACGAGCUGAAGGAGGAGCCCGGUAUCUGCUCAGAAAAAGCUCCUGCACCAGAGGAGAUGGCACGAAAACUCCAAGAUGCUGUGACAGCUGCCACUGGGGAGGGAGUGGAGGUAUCACGGGGACCGUACACAAAAGUGAACGUGACGCUGGACCCAGGUACAGCUCAGUCCCGGCUCAUCUUGUCAGAAGAUCAGAGCAGUGUGAUGCAGGGAGCCACUCCGCAGAGCCGGCCUGACAACCCAGAGCGAUUUGACCCGUGGCCUUGUGUGCUGGGCUGUGAGGUGUUCGACUCAGGGCGAUUGUGCUGGGAGGUGGAGGUGGUCUGCGGGUCGUGCUGGGCUGUGGGGCUGGCCCUGGCAUCUGUCAGUAGGAAGGGACCGAUUGUCAUGAGCCCGCUGGGGGGGAUCUGGGCGGUGGGGCAAUAUAAGGAGAAGUUCCAGGCUCUCACUUCCCCAGCUCCCACCCCUGUCCUUCCCAGCGUGGUCCCCCGGAGGGUGCAGAUCUGUCUGGACCACGCUGAGGGCCGGGUGACGUUUGUCAAUACAGACAGCAAGGCUGUGAUUUUCACUUUCCCACGAGCCACGUUUGCAGGGGAGAAAAUCCACCCCUGGUUCUGGGUGGGUAAAGGGUCUCAGCUCAAACUGUCCUGAGACCUGAAGUGUGUCCCUCUGGGGAGGUUCUGCUGUGGCCACCCUGCCCUCCUGCAUCCCCAUCUGCUAGUCCUUGAGGACUUCCGUCCGCUUACAGAUCUUCUGCCGUCUCAAUCUGCAACCUUCCUUCUGUGAGCCCCAAAGGCUGUUGAACUCCUGUCUGCCUACGCAGCAUCGCCUCGCUGGGAGCGGAGACCCACGGACUCCCCCAGUCUUGUUCCUGCCACAGUGGCUUAGGGCAGGGCUCUGGGUGAAGAAGAGGCAUUUCUGGGGACGUACUUUAUUUACAGGAGCCGUGAGGGGGAUUAAGGGGCACAGCAGUGGCACAGGAGGGCCUAGUGAUAGUAUAUUUUUACCUGAGGAAUUAAGGAGGAUGAAACUUUCCUCAGCCACCCACCAGACCAUGGGGUGAUGCUCUGCAGCCCUGAGGCCUGGGCAACCUCCGUAUAUUAGUCCCUGUUGCUGGCCUGAUUUGAUUCUUGUGUUAGCCCAAGAAGACACAAGAAAACAUUCAUCUUUUGGGGAGGUGCUAGUAAGAUUUAUAUCUGCACAUAAUUUUGUGGGUGGAAUCACAAAUUAGUGUACCCAAUAAUUCUUCAG